UUCUCCUGUGCGUGCGGGUCGGAUCAGUUUCAGAUCUGCGAUGCUACUUUUCUUAAUUGCGUGUCGACGUCAUUAUAGCCGAGAUGAUGUAUUGUAAACGUUGGUUCAUUUCACGUGCGUGCACAGAUGUGGAAAGAAAUUAAUCUGCCAUUUGUAUAUUAUUCGUGCUGACACCAACAUGACCAAUAUCUAGGAUAGUAUAUUACAUAACAAUGGAGUUCAGAGCGAAAUUGAUAGCAAGCAACGCUGCAAAGAUAGCCAGUGUUAUAUUCUUCUCCUUGCUACUCUUUAGAGUGAUGUUGCUUAUACCUCAGGAUCAGAAAACAAUUAUGAGCAAAAGCGUUGCCUAUUUUCUUGACCCAAGCCCCAGACCUGGGUUUGCUAUGCGACAUAUUGAAUACAAUGACAUCUCUCCUUUUCAAAAAGAGGAACAAGCAAUAUCCACUUCAGGGACAACGAAUACCACAACAAUGCCUCCCGAUCUCUAUCGUAUGGCGAAACAGGUUUUUGACGAGCUCCCGGACGAGUAUCUCCCUGGUUACAAAAGCUCUUGCUGGAUGACCAAGACGAACGCACCUGGUAUUGGACGUCUUCGGUGUCUGCCGUACUUCUACAUUCUAGGAGUAGCGAAAUGUGGCACCAGUGAUUUAUGGGACAAGAUUGUUGCACACCCACACGUGGUCAGGAACGUGAUAAAGGAACCGCACUGGUGGUCCCGGCGUCGUUUGCAAGGGAUAUCAUUUGAUGCAUAUCUUCAUACACGUUCUGCAAGUUUGGUCAGUUCGUUUAAGGAGGAUUCUUCGAAUAAACUUACGCACAUUGCGGGUGAUGGUUCUGCGUCCACCUUAUGGGAUAACCAACACUGGAUGGAAACGUUUGCCGUGGUAAAGGAAGGUCCUAAAUAUGGCACAGCGGACAUUUUACGUGCUGCUCAACCGAAUGCAAAAUUAUUUGUAAUACUGAGGGAUCCUGUCUCCAGGCUAUACUCGGAUCAUCUUUAUUUUGAUGGCAGCCCGGACCCAGAGAAAUUUCAUAAUGCCACGGUCGACACCAUAGCCAGAUUUAGGAGAUGUACUGAAGCACUUACUCCUCGCGCAUGCGCAUACACACUCACAAUUCAUAAUGGAGUACGCCUCAACGUUGGUCUGUAUUCUAUUUAUAUCCGAGACUGGUUGAAAGUAUUUCCACGAGAUCAGAUAUUUAUUCUCAAACUUGAAGGCUGGCAUUCUGACUGUGAGGAGAUUUUACCAAGACUAUAUGCUUUUUUAAAUCUAAAAAUUUUGACGAAGGUUCAAAUCUUGGAUAUCUGCCAGACUCGAAUGAAGAAUGCAAACACUCAUAAAGCAAGUAAAAUCGGAGGCAUGCUUAACGAAACACGGACAAUCCUUCAAGAUUUCUACUCGGAAUGGAACCGAGAUUUGAGUACUUUACUGGGUGAUACACGCUUCUUAUGGCAGUAACCAUGGUAACGAUAUAAUGAUAAACAAGAUACAAAGCUGGAAACCGUUAUUUAUUUCUAUAAAAGUUAUCAGCGCCGACAAGUUGUCAUAGUCCGACAAUUACCACAGUAACAGUCAGACAUCUGCUAUUAUCAGAAACCUGGAAAUUCGUCAGAUCUGACAACUUUUCAGACGGUAGACAUUGAUCAUGUUGAUGAAACGUUCACCUGCAGUUUUUUUUCGACGUCGUCGUCGCCAUCGUCGUUGUGACUGUUGCUGCCUCCUCCAUCAUCUGUGAAAUACACUUUAUUCUCUCCAAGGUCCGUAGAUUGAAAGUCAAUCUAAUAAAUUGUGGUCAGGGGCGAAUCCGAAAGUUUUAUCCAAAGUUUCAAUCGAAUAAGAUGGAAUUCUAACUCUUAGAUUGAAAAUUUCAAUCAAACUUCGACCACCGAAUGGCAUCCCCUAAACUGCAGGCAGAUUGGUCCAUGAUCGCAAUCUAUUUCAAUCUAAGGGAUUUAGAGAGUAAGAGUUGGCAGAUAUGUAAUAUCAUUUCAAUCAUGUGUGUUUACAAUCGAUUGGUGAUAUACCAAAUUGUAUUAACAGUUUUGUUUCUGUAAUAGGCAGAAAAAAAUAAGGCCUAAUCGUGGACCUCAUAAUGGUGAAUGUGUGACCUAUAGAUUGUAGGAACUAUUCAAAAUAAUAUUUGGGUAAUUAUUUUUGAUGUAUGAUUUAAUCUCGGGUAGUUUAGUUGUUAUUGAUGGCUGAGCCCAGUCACGUUUCAUUCUUACUUCCAAUAUGAUAUUGCAAUAAUAUCGUGUUAUCAACUUAUUUAUUUUAGGUUUUGGGUGUAUUCAGAUUUAUGGAAUAACUUAUUACAUGACAAUUAAGUUAUGCACAUCGCUUUAUUUAUUCAAAGCUGUUUUGAAGAAAAAUUCACCGGUAAGAGCUAUAAUAUACAGCCAACCGAUGACACCCCCCUCCCUCCUGUCGCACAUGCACACUCGCACUCUUGCACUUUUCACUUUCAUCAACAUUACAAUACCUCUGUUUGAUAUUUUCUUUCCCUAUUUAAUUUACUUUUGCUACUCUGAUAUUAUUUUGUGCAAUAAAAGAUAAUGCUCUUUUAUUCCAUUGUAUAGUCUGGUUUACGAUAUUUUUUGUUGUCCCUAGUGGUGCGAAUGAAAUAUCUUCCAAGUCAUCU